AUGGCUUUCUUCUAUACGGCUAUCGGGAGCCCUGCUUUGCUUCAUCCAUCUAUUGAGAAGCGAGGCUUCGCCUGUGACACAAUGACGCAAGGUCUCACGAAAGAUGACUGUGAAUAUUUGUCUAGUAUUGGCAUGUCUGGCCAGGGAGUCAAUGCUAAAUCUCCUAACGGCAACAUAUCGGUUGGCGACCAAGGCCCGAAUAAAUUAAUAUUUACCAACCAGGCCAAUAAGCCUGUCAUCCUAUUAGUAUGGCAAUCUAUUCGUGAGGAUUUUGAGUCAAGCUUUCUGAAAGUGCGCAAACCUAAAGUUUCAUACUCCCUCCCGAAACAAGGCGACAAGGUCACUGUGUCUCUGGCCAAUGCUGUCAGCGGCGGGUGGUCUGUCGUUAUUGAUCGCAAGACUCAGUUUUCAAGCCACGGUCAGAUCGACAAUACUUGGGGAGAAUUCACCAGUGGAGAAAAUGCCACCGUCAACAUAUCGCGUCUAAUCAACAUGUCGGGAACGAGAAUGAGUGCGCGGACCAGUGGCGGCUGCAUGGCAGGCAUGAACACCUGCGUAUUUGUUUGCCGGUCAAAUAAUACCUGUGGGGAAUCCCAGACUUACGACUUGAAGAACUGCAAGUCUGGUAGCCAACCUGGAGCUACUUGGGGGCUGCUUGUAAAUGGCAAGGGUGAGGAGAAUCCUGAGGGUGGCUGCCAAGGAUGGAAAGACGGUGGGCAAGUGAGUAUCGACCUGGACAGCUGA